GUUUACGACAUUAUUCGGUAUUAAUCCUAACUAUUUUAUUCUUUAAAUUAUCUUCGGGUACAGAGGACGAUGCGUUUCGUGCCGGACAGUCGAUAUUGUCUCCGGUGGCUGCAGCAUCGCGGGAUGUUCGAUACCUCCUAUAUGAUGUAAAUCCACCCGAGGGCUUUAAUCUUCGCCGAGAUGUGUACAUUCGCAUGGCCUCUUUGCUGAAGACAUUGAGAAAAAAUGGUGACUGGGUGCUAGUGUUGCCUCCAUGGGGUCAUCUGUAUCACUGGCAGAGUCCUGAUAUACAUCAGGUUCGCAUCCCGUGGGGGGAGUUCUUCAGCAUAACCAGCCUGCAGGCUAACAUACCAGUCAUUGAGUAUGAGGAGUUUAUUGCUGAGUCUGGAGGACCCUUUAUUGAUCAGAUCCUUGUGCUGCAGAGCUAUGCCGAGGGCUGGAGAGAUGGGAAAUGGGAGGAGAAGGUGGAUGAACGUACAUGCAUCGAAAAGCUAAUGUACUCAAAAGACAAACAGGGUUAUUACAGAGGUUGGUUCUGGGGUUAUGAGGAGACCAGAGCAUUGAAUGUCACCUGUUUAUCUGCUCAGGGUCAUGCCUCUACCUUGGCUCCUGUCUUACAAAAUAACUUAAAUGCUACGUCAAUAAUGCUAGACAGAGCUGAAACUGUACUUCAUGAUCAUUAUGCUGGGAAGGAUUACUGGGAUACGCGGCGAAGUAUGGUGUUUGCCAAACAUUUGCGUAUCAUAGGAGACGAGUUUAGGGCCAAGUAUUUAAACUCCACAGACAAACAGGACCAGACGCCGUACAACGAAGACUGGACCCAAAUGAAAAACAGGCUGGGCAUUGCUAAAGGAGGCCCUUACCUGGGAGUCCACUUGCGUAGAAAGGACUUCAUCUGGGGGCACAGAGAAGAUGUGCCCAGCCUCAAAGCAGCAGUGAAAAAGAUCCGUAGUCUCCUGAAGAAGCACAAGCUUCAACAAGUCUUUGUUGCUACCGAUGCAGACGAAGAAGAGUUAGCUAAACUGAAAAGGAUGCUACCUGAGAUGGUUCGGUACGAGCCCACCUGGGAGGACCUGGAGCUAUUGAAGGAUGGAGGGGUGGCCAUCAUAGACCAGUGGAUCUGUGCUCAUGCGAGAAUACACGAGGAAAGGGAGAUCCUAGGUUUCGAUCCUAAAACCACCUAUAACCGAUUCUGUGGUGAUGAUGAGAAUGAAUGUGAACAACCAACACACUGGAAAAUUGUCUACUGAUCACACAGAAAACUUGACGCUGAUCAUAUAGACUGCAAUUGAUUUUUCAGAUUUAAGAGGAUUCUCUAUAUUUUUGUAUGUUUUUGCUGACAAUGUUGAAAAUACAAAUUUUUAAAUGAAUAGUUCACCUUAAAAUGUCCUGAUCAUUUGCUUACCUUCAAGCCAUCCAAGAUGUAGAUGAGUUUGCUUCUUUAUCAGAACCGAUUAGGAGAAAUUUAGCAUUACUUGCUCAAUGAUGGAUCCUCUGCAGUGAAUGGG